AUGGCAAUGAAAAAUUCACAUAAGGAUGCCACAAAUUGGUUACUUGGACAACUUGCAAAUGAAGAGAUAUUGAGAGAAGAUGCGGGUUAUACUAUUUUGGAUUGUUUAAGAACAUUACCCAUGUCAACUAUAAGAAACAAUCACACACUAGAGGAAAGUAAGGCCAGAAAAUUUGAAGGCUGA